CUGUACGUACCUCCCUGUCUCUCUUUCGGCGCGUCGAUUUCUCAUUAUUAUCUCUCUUUCAGACAGCUUUGAUUCCGUUAAGACAACUUCAUUUCUCCCCCAAGUUUGUCCGUAAAGGAUUGAUUUUUUUUUUUUUUUUUUUUUUUUAAAAGUCUCUUCUUCUCUUUGCCCACUUCCGAAAUUAAAUCAGAAGUUUGAAUUCUUCUAAUCCCGUCUGUCUCUUUCUGCUGUCGUUUUCAUCGGGGACGUGUCUUGUUUCUUUAAGGUAAAAUUCAAGACUUAAACUUGAAGUAUCUCCCUUCUUCUGUCUGCUGCCUUGCUUUUUUGAAACCGACUUUGGAUUAGAUCUGACUCAGCUUUAUACUAAGAAAAAGAGGAUUCUCUCUUUCCAUUGGCUGCAUGCCCCCAAAAGUCCUUUCCUUUGGUUUCUAGAGUUCUGUUAUUGAUUUUGAAUCUGUAAUCAGAUAGACAAGCUUUCUUUGUACAAGCAAAAGCUUGGGGCUUUGAAAGGGAUAAGUGGUUUAGGGAAUGAGAAAAUUGUAUAGGAAGCUGGCUUCAUUCAAAGACCCAUUCACCAGAGCGAAGAGACACGUGAGCUCAUCACAUUCAGGGUUUAGAGCUUUCAGCGACAGAAGAUGGAUGUUCCCUUUCAUAGCAACCUUGAUCAUCUCCAUCACCCUCCUCAUGCUCUCCAUCUCCAGCUUUUACUCAGAAGAAGAAGAAUCUCCAUUACCGCCAGACGCUGUUUCAAAGCCUACUAAUGACGACUACUUUGUAGAAUCAAGUUUCGUAAAAUCAAACCCCGACGUUAAUGCAGACCUUCCUAGGCUAGCUUAUCUGAUCUCGGGGACGAAAGGAGAUAGCCACAGGGUGAUGAGGACCUUGCAAGCCGUGUACCAUCCUAGAAACCAGUACGUUCUGCACCUGGACCUCGAGGCUCCGCCUAAAGAGAGGAUGGAGCUGGCGUUGUCUGUCAAGAGCGAUCCUAUUUUCAGCCGGAUGGAGAACGUGAGGGUGAUGUCUCAGUCUAAUCUUGUGACUUAUAAAGGUCCUACGAUGAUUGCUUGUACUCUCCAAGCCGUUGCGAUUUUGCUGAGAGAGAGCUUGCAUUGGGAUUGGUUUCUUAAUCUUAGUGCCUCGGACUAUCCUCUCGUUACACAAGAUGAUUUGUUGUAUGUCUUCUCAAACAUGUCAAGGAAUGUCAAUUUCAUUGAGAAUAUGCAGCUCACUGGUUGGAAACUGAAUCAGAGGGCUAAGUCAAUCAUAGUUGACCCUGGCCUAUACCUAUCAAAGAAGUCUGACCUUGCUUGGACUACUCAGCGAAGAUCACUUCCAACUUCUUUCAAGCUAUUCACUGGCUCAGCUUGGAUAAUGCUGACACGGUCUUUCCUGGAGUACUGCAUCUGGGGAUGGGACAACUUCCCGAGAACUAUACUAAUGUACUACACAAACUUCGUGUCAUCUCCCGAAGGUUACUUCCACACAGUGAUCUGCAACAGCAAAGAGUUUGUCAACACUGCGAUAGGACACGACCUUCACUACAUCGCUUGGGACAACCCACCAAAGCAGCACCCUGUCUCUCUCUCGUUGAAGGAUUUUGAUAACAUGGUCAAGAGCAAAGCUCCGUUUGCGCGUAAGUUCCACAAGAACGACCCUGUGUUGGACAAGAUCGAUAGAGAGUUGUUGGGACGGACACAGAGGUUCUCGCCAGGGGGGUGGUGCGUAGGGAGGUCGGAUAAUGGGAGUGAUCCGUGCUCUGUGCAAGGGAAUGACUCGGUGUUGAGACCGGGACCUGGUGCUGUGAGGUUGCAGGAGCUUGUUCAAACGCUGUCUUCUGAAGAGUAUAGGAGUAAACAAUGUUCAUGAAUGUUUGAGGUUUAUCUAGUGAUCAUGCGAAAUGUCAUGUUGUACAUUACUUUUUGGUUGAUUGUUAAUUUUGGUUAUAGAA